GAGUUCCACAACCCGAACUCGAAGAAGACCUAAAUUCGAAGCUCCAGUGCCCUUCGAAUCUCUGAUUUCCGAGCUCAGAAUCAAGAAUUCAAGAUGGAUGAAGAAUCAACGCACCCAAUCAGGUUGAUGAAUUUCGUCUCUGAGCAACAGUUGGAUGAAGCAAAGAGAACGAGAGGCGAAAGAGUGGAGGAUGGCACUGCCCAGAGAGAUAGGCCCCUCUACGAGAUUCUGAAGGAGAAUAAAGACAAGCGAGAUGCAGAAUUUAAUGAGCGUUUCAAACACAGGCCUCCCAAAGCUUUGGAUGAAGAUGAGACUGAGUUUCUUGAUAAAUUGGAAAUGUCAAGACAAGAAUAUGAGAAACAAAUGGCAGAUGAAGAAGCUGAACAGCUCCGAAGUUUCCAAGCAGCAGUGGCAGCAAAGUCAAAUACUGUGCAUGACCUAAAAGAACCACCACCUGUUCCUGUUGUACAGGAACAGAAACCAGUUGCAAAGAAGAAGCCAGCAGCUCACCCAUUGAGCAUGAUGAUCAAAGUGAAGCCACAAGCAAAGAAAGCAAAAACUAGCCAUGGGAGUGCUGAAGAACCUUCAGACACAGCAAGAUUGCCCGAAGUUGACGCUACAAAAAUUCUAGAUCCAGCAGAAGCACCUAAUGGUGAUACUGAACCAGAUUCUACGAAAACAACCGAAGAUGAUGCCAGUAAGUGCCCUGAUGGUGUUGCUAAGACAUGUUUAGUUUCUUACAGUGACGAAAGUGAAGAGGAUGAUUGACAGUUUUAUUCAUAAUAUAUUGUGUUUACAAUUGUUUUGAUCUAGUCAUGCGGCCCAUGCACUAACAUGUUUAGUUGAGGAAGCUGAGUAAACCUGGAAAUCUAACUUUACUUUCCAAAUCAAUUUGUUAUUCUACUAACAAUCCAAGCUCAAGGUUUUUCAUAAGAUAUCGCAAGGACAAAUGUAAGAUUGCUCAGACAGGAGUCAGCCAUGCACAAGAAACUAGUUUGCUUGUU